UGAAUGUUUUUGUGUAAUAAACUAUGAAGUUGUGCAGUUUGCGGGAGGGGGCUUGUUUUUAGAAACAAGGUCGUUCUUUGUGUCAAAAAGUAGAUAUCUCUGAACGAAUUAACAUUAACAAAUUGACUUAUUUCAAUGAAAGACUGAUUUGUGCUCGACUAAAAUAAACAGUGUGUAUAUGUCGUGUUUAAUUGUUCCUAUUUAGAACACACUGUCCGUUUCCAUCGCUCCAAUGAGUCUGGGAGGAGUUACAAACACUGAGGGAUCGAAUGCAGGCGGAAUAUUCGUUCAGUUUAAUCAAGAUUGCACGUCAUUGGUGGCGGGCAGCAGCACCGGAUAUCACUUAUUUGCUCUAACUCCUGAUGAUGGUAUCGAAGAAAUAUAUGCGAGUCGCAGCGGACAGGAGACUUGUCUCGUCGACCGUCUCUUCAGCAGCUCGCUGGUGGCUGUUGUCACAGUAUCCGCUCCCAGGAAGCUGAUAGUGUGCCACUACAAGAAGGGCACCGAGAUCUGCAACUACAUCUACAGCAACACCAUCCUCGCCGUCAAACUGAACCGCUCGAGGUUGAUCGUGUGCCUCGAGGAGUCGCUGCACAUCCACAACAUCCGGGACAUGAAGAUCCUGCACACGAUCCGCGACACGCCGCCCAACCCGCGCGGCCUGUGCGCGCUGUCGCCCUGCGUGGAGCACUGCUACGUGGCGUACCCCGGCUCCAGCGCGGUGGGCGAGGUGCAGAUCUUCGACGCGGUGCACCUCAACGCCAAGUGCGCCAUCAGCGCGCACGAGAGCCCCGUGGCGGCGCUGGCCUGGUCCUCCUGCGGGCGGCGCCUGGCCACCGCCUCGGAGCGCGGCACCGUCAUCCGCGUGUUCGCCGUGCCCGACCGCACGCGCCUGUUCGAGUUCCGGCGCGGCGUCAAGCGCUGCGUCACCAUCGCCUGCCUCGCCUUCAGCAGCUGCGGCCUGUACCUCGCCGCCACCUCCAACACGGAGACCGUGCACGUGUUCAAGCUGCAGGAGGGCGGCGCGGGCGAGGAGGGCGGCGCGGGCGAGACGGCGGGCGCCGCGGCGGCGGGCGAGGCGGACACGUGGCUGGGCUGGCUGUCGGCCGCGGUGUCGGCGGGCGCGGGCUACCUGCCGGCGCACGUGGCCGACGUGCUGGCGCAGGGCCGCGCCUUCGCCGCCGCGCGCCUGCCCGCCACCGGCCACCGCGCCGUCGCCGCCGUCACGAGAGUGUCGCGCAGUCCGCGGCUGCUGGUGGCCACGUCGGCCGGCGUGCUGUACGUGUACGCGCUGGACGCGGCGGAGGGCGGCGAGUGCGCGCUGCUGCGGCAGCACCGCUUCCUGGCGCCGGAGGAGGCGCCGGGCUCCGCGGACCCGCAAGUGGCGACGGGCAACAGUUACGCGGGCGCGCUGCGCGGCCGGGACCCCGCCGCCAUGACAGAUUCAGAGCGCGGCCGGGAGCUGGGCGCCGCGCUCGAGCCCUCCCCGCCGCGGGGACCCUUCGACCUCCGCGACCCCGACCACUUCCCCCCCAUCGCCGUCAGGGCACCGCAGCACUAGGACCGCCGCGCCCGCCGGACAGAACUUUCAAUGUUUAGUUCAAUUCUACAAAACAUACACCUACAUCAAAUACUUUAUGUAAUUAAUAUAAAUAUCUAAAAGAUUGUUUGUGUCAGAAAUAUUGACCAGAACUUGGACCCGUGGGACGGGGCCCGACGUGGCCCGCCGCGAGCCGCUAGUGUAAGUUGUCGUCCGACUGUCUUGUCCCUUAGAUAAGUCGUUUUUACAAUUUUAUCACUAUCUCGAUUAUAUUAUUGUAGACAAAUUUUACAAAUUUCAUAUAAAUUAAAUUCAAAUUGUAUUUACUUUGAUAUUAUAUACUAAAAGCAUGUGACAUUACUAAAUUUAGGAAUAAAAACAAAACAAAAAAUAAUAAAUAUUUCAAUAAUUCUAUAUUCAAUCCGGACAGACAGAUGAGACGACGUUAGUGUAAUUAUUGUAAUAUAUUUAGUUAAAUUGACUCUGUCUCUUUGUUCUAUGACUUUAUAGUGCAGCUUACAAUUAUAAGAUCUGAAAUAAUAAAAUAAAAAUGUAAAAGGAAAUGCAAAUAAAUAAUAAACAAGAUAAAAGUUUAUUUAUGAAGAAGCGCGCGGGGCGUGCCGCGGGGCGCGGGGUGCGGGGCGCACUCUUGCACGUGGCUGCGGCAGCUGGUCGGCCGCUAGAGGCUGCUAGUGACUGCACAGUGCACAGUGCACAGAGCACGCUGACCGCAGAUAAUAAUACACUUAAUGUGACGAGCGGCGACAAGAACCCGUCCGAAGCGCGCAGCGUUGGAAUACAAUUUAAAAAAUAACAACAAAAC